AUGGACUCGGAGGAUGGGCAACUAUUCGUAAAGAAUCUAGCAUACUUUGUUCGCACGCAUGAAAAGGCACUAGCCAACGCGCUCCAGCUGCAGCGCCAGAAACCGAAGAAUGGUAAGGACCAGGUCAUACCGGGGAGCGCUGGCAAUGCUACCUCGGAGUCCACCACGGUGUCACUCGCCCAAGCACUUUCGAAGCCUUCAUGGUUCUUUUCCCAGACGAUCAAGCCGGCGAAGCUUACCCUGACACCUCAUCACCUGUUCUAUCUUCUCAGCAAAUUUGAAGAUCUCAACGUUGAUGUCGGUCCCAUGACAGUCCGCCUCGAGAACUUACACAGUGACUCAACGCCUUCGAACUACAUCUCCUUCCUGGGUCAUGCGCCGAAGUCGAAAGGAAAGCAAUCCGAUGCAGCAUCGAUCCAGUCUACGUCUAGCAUGAAAAGCUACAUCUCCGUGGUAUCCAACGUAUGGAGUAAUAUCAUGCUGUCGAGCAGCAUAGCAAAAGCCGAGAAGCAGGAGGUCCAGUACCGGGACGAUAUCAGAUACCUUUGUUCCUGCUUCACGAAGAUCCCAGCCUUGCGUCUGGCGCCAGAUCACCGAGCACGCUUGAUUAGUGGAUAUGAGGAGUUUCCCUUCGACACUGCGGUUCCACUCUUCGUGUUCAAGAACUUGAGUUCGCUUGAAGUGUGCGAUCUCGACUUCAGGCAGUUUCAUGGCUGGGACAGGCUCGCAGAUCAGUUGCGCAGCUUGACUGUGAAACGAGGAGGAGUAGACGACCCCAUAGACCUGCUUCAGAACAUCGUCUUGGAUGAUGCAGGGAAAAGGCGAAAGCGCUCAUCGAAAGCGCAGGUUCCUACUACACCUUCCACGUCAGGCCUUCCGUGGCCCUCUGGCAGCCCGAAGCCAAGGCAGAUGGAGCUUGCUAGGUCCAUAUCUACCCCGACUUCGCCUUUGAUCAUAGAUCAGCGCCGUGCCUCAAUCGGGAGUCCUCGCGCGUUGGCGCGCGGUACGACGUCUGAUGGUACAGGUCUCUCUGGUCAGCGACAGCCUAGUAAUUCGCCUCCAAGACCUGCGACGUCCCGACAUGGUUCCUUGCACAAGGGCCAGCUUGGCCGGGCAAGCACACCUCAGUUCCGUAGGUCAUCGGGCAGCUCGGGCUCAAGCCAACACGAGAUGACACCUCGUCACAGCUCUUCGGAUCUGCUGGCUAUGGGUAUACUGCCAUCAUCGAAGUGGCGCUUCCUGCGGCAUCUCAGUCUGGCAGAGAAUGGUCUUACUAGCCUUGAUGUUGGCAGCUUGGCGCCCAUCGCAGGUACGCUGCAGUCGUUGGACCUGUCCGGCAACCUGUUCUCCCAGAUACCAGAUGCUCUGGCCAGUCUUACGCACCUCCGAGCGCUGAACUUGAGCAACUGCAUGAUCGAUAGUCUGUCAUCAUUAUCGAAGAACCCGUUGCCCGCAAUAACCACGCUCAAUUUGAGGUCAAACCGCCUGUUGUCUCUAGCCGGCAUUGAGCGACUGUACUCACUGGAGCGGCUGGACGUGCGAGACAACAGACUGCACGACCCUACCGAGCUGGCCCGACUCACUGGAAUUCCCAACAUCAGAGAGAUCUAUGUGAUCAAGAACCCAUUCACACGGACACAUAGGCACUACCGUGUGACUGUCUUCAACCUGUUCCGCGCAUCGCCAGGCCAUCUUGAAGAUAUUACGAUCGAUACCAUGGGACCUAUCAAUCACGAGAAAGAGCUCUUGAUCGACCGCGUUCCCGAGCAAGCGAACAAACCAAUUAUCAAGCCACCCGUGGAGGACACCGACGCCGUCCAUGAGGAGUCGGAGUCCAUCCCGAUUAAUGUUGGCCGAGAGGUUGAGGAGAGUUCGAGCAGCAAAUCCGGACAUCGCAGAACAACUUCGGAUAUAGGUCCUAGCGGCAGCACGAUUCGGCGAAAGAAGGCGCCCAGGCGACGUAUAGUCGAGCUGUCCCAGGCGCAACAGCAAGCGGCCACUAUCAACGAAGCGUCCCUUUCAUACGCUCGAGUACCGGAGUUGACGGAGCUGCCCCCAAUGCCGCACACUCCGACGACCGAGAGCGAUCCGCCGACAACACCAGAGGGAUCCCAAGUCACAAGGCAGCCGAGUCUUGCCGUCCGGCCCAAGCUUGAGACUGCCUUUGCUUCUCCCACAAGGCCUAGGAUCAGAAAUGCAUCGGAUGACGACAAUUCGCCUGUGCACGCCGCGGAGGAUCUAGACAGCGACCUUUAUCGGCAGAAGAUAGAAACACUCAAGAGUGAACUCGGACCGAACUGGCUUGCUGCGUGGAACGAAGAGCUCGCAAAUGCUCGAGCUAGACAUAACAGGAGCUUCAGCCCUACGUCGAAAACAAACGUCAGACCUGAUCACCCUGGCCGCGGCAUUACGGUUGUUGGUGGGCGCACUCUUGGCUGA